AUGUUCAGACGAUUUAACAUCAUUGUAAGGUCAGUUCCUAACCUCAGUUCCCACCAACCUCUGCGGUGGACGUCAGUGGCCAGUAGUGUCAACAAACAUGAGGUGAAACCGUUUGAAGAAAUCCCAGGUCCUAGAGGACUUUACAGCUUGCCGUACAUAGGAUCUGUCCUACAUUUCAAACCAUUCGGUAAAUAUACGCCACAGACAAUAGACAAGUUGUUUGAAAACUUGCAUGAACGGUAUGGGUCCGUGGUUCGAGUUCAGCUUGGCAGAACCUAUGUGUUGGUGGAGAACCCCAAAGACAUCGAGACGGUCUUCAGAAACGAGGGCAAAUAUCCGUAUAGACUUCCGAUUGAUAUUUACAAAUUUGUCUGUGAGAAGAAUGGAUACAAACCCACACUGAGUCAGACCCAAGGAGAAGCGUGGCAUGCCCUGAGAACUCCAGCCAACAAAAGCCUAAUGAAAGCUGACUCGGCCUAUCAUUACCUGGUCCCACAGAACGCCGUAGCUGAUGAUUUUGUCAACAUUUUGGCCACACAAAAGUUGACACCGGAAGAAAUGAAAGAUCUUUUCUUUCGCUAUGCUUCUGAGAGCAUUGGCGUGGUGGUCUUCAAUACGAGGCUUGGCUUUUUGGGUACCUCUUUAGACAAAGAGAAGUCAGAAUUUCUUGCAGCCACGAAAGAUUUUUUCUCGGUCAUAGCUGCCGGUUUAAGCGGCAAAAUUAUGACGUACAAGUGGUAUAAGAGCCGGGUAUACAGAAAGAUGGAUAAUUGCAUAAAAACCAUCAAACAAAACUCAAGAAAACGUAUUUCUGAAGCUUUAGCAACUAUUGAACAACGAAAACAGGAAGGGAAUUUUGAUCCAGAAGAACCCAAUCUACUUCUCUCCCUUGCAGCAGAAAAAGGACUUGACAAGGAAGACGUCAGUAGCAUAUUAGAAAGCCUUUACAUGGCUGGGACUGACUCGACAGCAAACAACCUUCAAGUUUUUUUCUACAACUUGGCUAAAAACCCAGACAAACAGGAAAUUCUCAGAAAAGAAAUUUUGGAAGUUGUUGGAGAAUCCGGUGUUGUGGAUGCUAAAGCCCUGUCAAAGAUGUCCUACCUGAAACAAUGCCUCAAGGAAUCUUUCAGACUAAACUACCCAACACCCUCUGGCACCCUUAGAAUUUUACCCAAUGACAUUGUUGUCAGUGGCUAUAGAGUUCCAGCAGGGACUGCUUUUCUUUUAGGCAACAAAAGAGCCUGUAGGACUUAUUUUGAUGACCCAGACAAGUUUAUCCCAGAGAGAUGGACCAGAGCAGACGAUGGUCGUAAACAGGACAACACAAACAGCAUGGCGGUUUUACCGUUUGGUCACGGGCCGCGUAAUUGUAUUGGUCAACGAUUUGCUGUUCAGGAGAUUUAUCUGGCCACGUCUAAAGUUCUCCAGAAGCUGAAGAUAGAAGUAGACCCCGAAUCAUUGAACACAGAAUUUAUCUACAUUGGUUUUAUUGACACAAAGUAUCCAAUCAGAUUCAAAUUUACAAAAAUUUAAACUGGUUUGCAAAUAAUUCUUUAACAGAUGUUACAUUUGCUGCAAUGGUUAGAUUUUAAAAUUAUAAAUUGUGUAGAGGAAAAAAAUUAUUUUAAUUAAAAUUAAAGCGUGUUUUAAUUGUAUUUACGGACUUUAAUAAUUUACAGAGUAUAAACAAACGUAAAUAAUUUUUUUUUAAUUUCUGUUUGAAGAUUAUAAAAUAAA